AUGGCUCUUACCAAGCUCCUUUCGCGCGGCCCACAAGGGAGAAUUCGGCUUCAGUUCGUUUCCGAUCUUCAUCUCGAAGUUGGCCCGCAGUAUGCAGCAUUCAACAUCAUACCGCAUGCCACUCACCUAAUUUUAGCUGGCGACAUCGGCCGUCUUGCGGAUUAUGAUGGUUUUCGCGGUUUUUUACAGUCCCAGUGCGAAAAGUUUGCAGCAGUGUACCUUGUUCUUGGGAACCAUGAGUUCUUUGGAGUCUCACGCCAAGAAGGCCUGGGUCUGGCGGCAAAGCUCCAGGAAGAGCCAGGACUGAAAGAGAGGUUGAUUAUCAUGAAUAAGACACGUGUGGAUUUACAGGAAGCAACACUCUUGGGCUGCACUUUACACUCACACAUACUUGCAGAGGCAGAGGAGUUGGUACGAAACAAAAUCAAUGACUUUCGUCGAAUUGUUGACUGGACUGUGGCCAGUCACAAUAGCGAGCACGCUGCCGACGUUGAAUGGCUUAUAAACGAGGUCACUUCAAUCAGAGAAGCUGAAAAACCGACUGGUUCGAAGCGCAAAAUUGUCGUCGUCAGUCAUCAUGCCCCGUCAACCCGAGGAACAUCCAAACCGUCGGACGAGGGGAAUCCGUGGAGUUCUGCAUUUGCAACGGAUCUCCUAGGAAACACAGAUGAGACGUCGUGUCUCAAUGACGUGCAGUGGUGGAUUUUUGGCCAUACACAUUAUUCCUCUGAAUUGAUGAUUGGUCAGGUCAAACUUGUUAGCAAUCAGCGGGGUUAUGUUCUACCAGGAAAAAUGAACGACCUGUCGACCAAAAGUUCAACCAGUCUCGUAUCAAAGAUGUUGCGUUUUUUUGGAAAUAGAAGCCGAGAGCAGCAUGCAUUCAAUCCCGAGAGAGUUAUUGAGCUAUGA